AUGUAUGGAAGCUGCCUUUUGGAAAAAGAAGCAGGCAUGUACCCAGGCACUCUCAGGAGCCCCGGAGGAGGCAGCACAGUCGGAGUGGGCACUUCUGGGGACAGUUGUAGUCCGCUGCCUGCCUCCAACUUUACUGCAGCCUCAGUUUACCCACACUGCAUGGGGUAUCCUCAUAUGCCCAACAUGAAUCCUCACGGGCCUUCGCUGGGAGCAUGGAGCUCACCCUACAGUCCACCCCGGGAAGACUGGAGUACAUACCCUGGGCCAUCCAGUACAAUGGGCGUAGUGCCUAUGAACGACAUGACCUCGAGCUCCCAGGCUUUCGGCUCCUCAGACUACAGCAAUCUGGGCCCUACCGGCGGUGUAAGCAACAGCGGUAGCCUGCUAGCCCUGACCAGUGAGUCACUGGUUUCCAUCGACUCAGGCACAGCCGGCGCCAGUUCUCCCAGCAGGAACCGCCACAGCCCCUACGCGUGGAUGCGCAAGACUGUGCAGGUGACCGGAAAAACCAGGACAAAGGAAAAGUAUCGUGUGGUCUAUACUGAUCAUCAAAGACUGGAGCUAGAAAAGGAAUUUCACUGCAACAGAUACAUCACCAUCCGGAGGAAGUCAGAGCUGGCAGUUAACCUGGGUCUUUCUGAGAGACAGGUGAAAAUAUGGUUUCAGAACCGAAGAGCAAAGGAGAGAAAGAUGAUCAAAAAGAAAAUCUCCCAGUUUGAGAACAGUGGAGGUUCCGUGCAAAGUGACUCUGGCUCCAUCAGCCCUGGGGAACGGCCUAACACUUUUUUCACCACUCCUUCUGCUGUCCGUGGAUUUCAGCCGAUUGAGAUACAGCAGGUCAUAGUCUCUGAAUAAAACAGGAGCAGCGAAAUGGAAGUACUCUUCCUAUUGUAGUGUCUCUUUGGCCUCAAAGAUAUCAGCAAGGUAGUUGAGGUUGGAUAUAUAAGACAAAAUUCCAGACAAGUACACACAUAGUGAGUUGGGGAUAUUUCAGAAGACUCUAACAUUCAGAAACCAUUCCCAGAAAACUCCUAUUCCAUGCUGCCAUGUGGGGCUGGGCGGAGAGCUCUGUGAUAAGUUUUGCUACUUAAAGUCUAGACUCAAGAGCCCUUGAAACUGAGUUCACAGUUUCAAAAACUUGCUUGUGCAUAUGCCCUUGUUACUUCAUUCUGAGCAUCUUCGUGGUCUUAUUAGGGGAUAAGAGUAAGGUAAACAGAAAUUUAUCUCUGCAUACCUUUUCAAGAAGUAAUUUUAAAACGGCCAGUUUUCUUCACAAGCUAACUUUCAGGAGGUGAUUACAAAUCCACUGCCACUGGCUAAUAAAGCAAAGAUAAUUUUUGCCUUCUAAUAAUACUCACCUACAAUCAAUUACCUAACCAUACAACUUAGAAGGUGUAUCCAUUUCAAGUCUUGUCAAUACAACGAAAUCACAAUACAGGCCUGGUUAACGGAGUUGAUGGCAAGGCAGAUAGAUAGUCAACACACAGAAUAAAUGCUCUGAAACUCUCAAAGAGCUGCAGUUCACCACUUAAAAGUACACAUCCAGGUACACAUCCAGGUAAUCAAAAGUUCCGCAGUGAGCAGAGUGGCCUGAGGCUUCUGUGGUGUUGGCACAGUGCCCUGUUCACACAUUUAAGUGGCCAAAGAUUA